AUGGAAGAAUCCAACUUUGAGUUUAUCUUGAAUAAGUUCGAUAAAUCCAUGAUUUAUCAUGAAUUGGUGGACUUAAAUGUUGAAUUGACCAAUCCAGAUAGUGAUAUUGACUACAAUUUGUGUUUGAUUCAAUUGAAUAAGAUCAUUGAGAAAUUUAAUAUACCUAUAAGUAAAUCACGAAAGAAAGAAGAAGAAGAUCCUUCAGUUACUCAUAUUAAAUCCCAACAAUCCAAUAAUUUAUAUCGUUUACUUUCUAGAAAUCUUAUAUUGGUGUUCCAUAAAACUCCCACCAAGGUUUAUGAUGUGGCUAACAAUUUACUCAACUAUUUAAAUAAUGAAACUUCACCAAUUUUUGAAUUAUCAAUAAUCUUGUUGACUGAUAUUUUUGAAACAUUCCCCAAUUCCUUAGGUUCUUUGAUGAAUUUCUCCAUCAAUCAAAUCUAUAAGAUUUUGAAAAAAGAUCCAGAAAUCAGUGGGAACUUGAUUUAUCUUUUGAAUUCCUUAACCAAAUAUAGUACUAGACCUGAUAUAGAUGAGAAAUUACAAGGGAAAUUAAUGAAGAUUAUCAAUAAGAACAUUUCUACAGGGAUAAAUUUCGAUUUGACCUCCACAGAUAGUGAUAAUUCCACCAUCACUUUGAAGAAAAAUUAUAUCUUGGUUUUAAGAAACUUAACCGUUUUAUCUAUCAAUGCUAACUAUGAACAUUUACUUGCUUCAAGUGCUCAUUCAUCAUCAAGUGGAGCUAAAAUCAAACCUGAGUCGAUUAUGUCUCAUCAACAUCAAUUCCAAACUACUUUGUUAACCUCGAUUGAAAAAUCUAUUGUUUCAGGAUUAUCUAAUUAUAAUAAGGAUAUUAGAAUUGCCAUGGUUGAACUUUUAGCUCAUGUAUUCAUAAACUUCAUCCCUACAGGGAAGUUCAAUCCAAUUGAGUAUUUGAUAGGAUUAUUCAGAAUCCCUAAUAUCAAUAAAUGGAAUGAUACUUUAACUUUGAAAGAGGAUGAUGUAGCCAUAGAUGUAAGAGAUUAUACUUAUAAUGAAUCAGAAGAUAUUUUGAAUGGUAAUGUCGAUGAAGUUUUGUUUAAUACUGGAAUCCUUGAAACUUUCAUCUUCUAUAUUCAAUUAGAAUCAUUUCAGAACUCAGAAUAUUUAACCUUGAACUUAUCAACAAUUCUAGAAUUGAUCUUGAAUAAGUUUAAUAAUUUGAAUUUGAAGAAUCAUAUCAUCAAUUCUAAUUGGAUCAAAGCAAUCAAACAAUGGUCUAAAGUAUUAGAAUACCUUAUAAAAGAAUCAGGACCCAAUUGUCAUGAGAUAUUAUUGAACUUCUUAGUUGAUCAUUUUGAUAGUGAUAAUUCCAACGUUGAAGAAACUAAGGAUAAGAAACUGAAGGGACUUUUUAAAACCAAACCUUCAAAUGUAUCGGAAUCCAUCAAUAUCAAUAUUUACCAUAAUCCUUAUCAAUGUGGAUUGAUUUUGACUAUAAUUGAGAAUUUGUUACCUUUCGGUAUAGACUUCAAUUCUUUCAUGAAGCAAGGUACUAAAGAAGAUGAAGAUGACGAAGAUGAUAUGAAGAAACUUGAAAGUCCUCAACAAUCAGUUUUAGUUCAAUUGUUAUUGAAAUUAUUAAUCAAUGAUAAUGACUAUAUAAGGAAUUUUUCUUUGGUAACAUUAUUGAAGUACUGUAAAAUAAAUGAGGUUGAAAUCAAUCAAUUGGUGUUAACAUUAUUCAACUUGUUCAAUCAAGAGUUACUGAACUUAUCAGAAAAUAAAGGUAACGAUACUAUAAAUUUAUCCAUAAAUUCUAGUCCUUUAACACCAGUUAAAUUAUUGAGUUACGCUUUGAGUUUGUCAGCUAUCAUCAAACAAACAGAUUCUAUAAUCUUGCAAAAUUCUACCAUAGUAAAGAUUUUAAGUUUCUGUACACAAAAUUUAAAGCAUAACACUUCAACUUCAAGGAUCAAUAAUUUGAAAAAUACUAGUUGUUGGAUCAUUUUAUCAUCAUUGGUUACAUUCUAUAAUGAAUCCGAGUUUGUUAAACUUAAUUCUUCACAGUUCCUUAUCUUCUGGAAGAAUUUAUUGAACUCCCAAUUUGUUACAUCAGAUUUGAGUGGAGCUUCCAAUGAAGGUCAAGAAAGAGAAAUUUAUGAUAACUUACAAUUAAGAAACAUCAGUUUGAUCUGUUUAUUGAACUAUAUCAAUACUGUGGAUUUAUCACCAGAAUCACUGAAACAAAUUCAAUUCUUACUUGUUAAAUCCUUUAAUUAUUUGACUUAUCUUGAAUCUAAUAUGGAAAUUGUUAGUAAUGUCACUAACUUUGAUUCAUUCAGUGAAGGGAAUUUCAAUUUGAACGCUGUUGGAAAUCUUUUGUUCUCUAAUUACGGGUAUAAUAAGAAAUUAGAGUUCAAAGAUUCUAUCAUUCAUUUGAUUUUAUACAGUAAGAAGAUAAUUUUCAAAGGGUUUACUAAACUUGUUCAAUAUUUGAAAUCAGACAUCAAUUCUUCCAUGAUUAUCUUAUUGAUCAAGAUUUUCUGUGACGGGAAGUUAUUCACAAAAGAUCAUUUAUCCAAAGAAAAAUCAAAGAUAACCAAAUCUACCAAGAGAACCAAUAAAAUCCAAGAUCUUGAUAAUAACACUAUCUUCCUUAAUCAAGAAUUUAGUUACAGUUAUGGAGUUACUAGUAAAUUCAAUGAUUUCUCUAACAAUAUCAAUGAAUUGAUUACUAUUAAAGGAGAUUCUUCUGUUGAUAAUAAGGUUACAAACGAGUUAUUCUAUAUCGAUCCAUUCUACAAACAACAUGAUUAUAAAGGUAUGAUUGAACAAAACAUCAAUGAUAAGGUAGGAAAUCCAUGGUUUGAUAUUUUUGAAGAAUUGAUUUAUAAGAAUGUUGAACAUUCUGUUUUAUAUGAUAUUUCCAUCUUGAUCCAAAGUGAUUAUUCUUAUUUAGAGAAAUAUCCUACCAAUCUCAUUACAUCAUUGGUAGAUUUAUCUAUAGAAUUAUUUCAAAUGGUGUUCCCCUUUUUAACCUUGAAAAUUCAAAGUUCAUUAUUGGAACAAUUGAGAAGUGCUAUUAGUUCAAAAGCCAUUUCUCCUUUAAGAUACAAAGCCAUUUGUAUCAAUGUUUCAGUAGCAUUACAUGGUAUUUUAAACAUUUGUCAUAAGAAGAAGAUUUCUUUAGAUAAAGAUUUAGUUCUUACUUUCAUGGAUAUCUUGAAUAAAAUCGAUAUCAAUAAUAAGAACUUAUUGGAUGUUAAUUGUGAUUCUAUUGGAUUAUCCAUGUCAUUCAUCACCAAUAAAAAAGUAAUCCACGAUCAAAUUGAUUCAUACAUUAGUUCCUUGAUCAAUGAUACUAAUCCUUUCAAGAGAGGGAAAUCUUUAUUAUCUAUGGCUAAAAUAUAUUUCUACACCGGCAAUGGAUUCAAUGAUAUGUUCAAUGUUUGUUAUCAAUUAUUGAAUGAUCCAAAUCCUAUAGUGUAUUAUUAUAGUUUAAAAGCCAAUGCUUUAUUAUUCAAUGAGAAUAACAAUUCAAAGAAUUCUUCCACAUCAUUAAUCCCACAAUUAAUCACCAGAAUGUUCAAUAAUUUCAUCACCAAUGAGUUUAAUUAUGAUAUUGGUGGGAAAAUCUUGAUUAAUUUGAAAUAUCAAUAUAGUAGUAUUGGUCUUAAAGCUACUAUUUUGAAGAACAUUGUUACCACCUUAGGUCCAAAUUUGAGAACUUUACCGGUGGAUAUCAGACAACAAUUGAAAUCUUUAAUCAUAUCAUUGAGAUAUUCCAUUGGAAGUUAUCAAAUAGAUGAUCAAAUAUUGAUCUAUCAGGAUUUAUUAAGAUUAUUACAAGAACUCAUAAUUUUUGAUGAUAAGUUGAUUAAUAACGAAGUAAAUUUCUACUCUAAUUGUUUGAUAUCGAUUAUUUCCAAUAAUUUGAAAUUAGGAUUAUCAACUAUUAGUAGUUCUUCACUUAACUUGGAUUCAAUUUUCCCUUUUAAUUCGAAUUUCGGGUUAUAUAAAUUGGGUUUUGAAUGUUUUAGUGAAUUGUUAAAGGUUUAUGGUAAUGAUAUAUUAACAAAAGAUAUCAUUGAAUUGAUCUGGGUAUCGUUAAACAUCAAACCAUGUGAUGAACUGAAGUUCUUAGUUAAAUUGUGGAUGGAAUCCAAUUUAGAGAUGAAUUGGUUCGCUACUUUGAAUUCCUUAUUCAAAAUCUCCAAUAAGAAAUUGAUAAAUCCUUUCAUUGAAACCAAUUAUCAACAAAAAUUGUUACCACUUUUACAAAGACAAAAGAAAAAGAAGAACAAUGUCAUUGAUUUCAAAGAUGAGGAAAUUGAAAAUAUCGUGGAAACUAAUAAUGAUGCAGAUGAUGAUAAGAAUGAACCGAUUUCAUGGGAAUUCAAACUAUUCAUUUAUGACUUAUUAAAUCAUUUAUUAACAUUAUCACAAAAGAAUACGGUUUUAUUUGAAAAAUUGAAAUUAAGAAUCAGUGAUUUGGUGAAGAUAUCUUUCUUAGGUUCAACCUCACCUAUUAAUAUCAUUAAAUUAAGAGGUAUUAGUUUGUUGGAUAAGAUCUUAAAGAAUUUUGGUGAUUUAGAAGAUUCUAUUUAUCCUGGAGUAUCAAUUUUAGAACAACAACAAGCACAAAUCAUUAGUGCUAUAAUACCAUGUUUCAAAGCUCAAAGUAAUUCUCAAGUUAUUGUUAAUGCUGUGAAUGUUUCAUCGAAAUUCAUUAAUUUACCAAGAAUCAAAUUUUAUUCCAAACAAAGAAUUUUAAAGACUUUGAUUUAUCUUUUGGAAGAAUUAUCAUCCAACAAGUUCCUUAAAUUUGGAUUCUUAGAUAAUAUUUCUGAAUUCAGUAAGAAAUCUAUCCAAAUAUCCAUUUUGAAUUGUUGGGCUUUAGUUACCUUGAAUAAUAAUGAAGACAAUGAAAAAGAAGAUGAAUUAGUUAGUACUUUGGAUAAGUAUAAGAACUUAUUGAUAUCAUUAUGGAUCAUUUCAUUGAAGGAAUUUUCUGUUAUAAAGUAUAAUAGUGAUGGUACCAAUGCUAAGGAACUUGAAAUUUAUAAUAAUUAUUGGAUAAAUUUCAUUAGUGUUUUGAGUUUGGAAUUAGAACAAAAUAAUCAAUUUGUUGAACAAUAUCUUGAUAAUGAUGCAUCAACAUUCUUCUUUAUAUUGUUUAGUCAAUGUGUUGAAUCAUUGAUUAAGAAUAAUAAUGUCUUGGAGAUUUUAAUUUCCUUGAAUAAGUUAUUCAAAAAUGAUCAAUUAGUCAAUAUCAUCUUCAAUGAUGAGAUAUUCAAUGAACUUAUUGAUUUAUUUGAUCGAUUAUUGUUGAUAGAAGAAGAUAAUGAAAUUCAAUGUAAGUUGGUGGUUAUUAUCAACGAAUUGUUCCAAACUUUCAUUAGAUCUAAUGAAGAAUCAGAAUUAACCAGAAAUUUCGAUAAAUUGUUCGAACUUGUAAGAUUGGUUAUGUUACCGUUAUUCAAAUUCCUACCAUUCUUAAAGAAUGAUUAUGAUUCUACUGAUAGACAAACACAAUUAUUAUUGAAACAUAUUGAUAGUGGUCCUCAUUUGAUUGUAUUGAAAAUCUGUUUCUUCAAUUUGAUUGAAAUGAUCUUGAAAUUCCCAGAAAUCGUCAGAAUAGAUCUUUAUUGUUGUUUGAUGUUCAUAUUCAUCAAAAUCUAUGAGUUUGGUAAUGAACUUCUAGUCCUGAUAAUAUUACCUUAUUUGAAACAAAUAUUCCAAGAAGUUAAAAAAGUCGAUGAAGUCAAAGGUAAAGAAAUGAUUGUGAAUUUCUAUAGAAUCCUUAAACAGUUCCAUUGUGAUUUCAAUGAUAAUAGUACUAUCUUGACUAUCAUUAUCUUAAUAACUAUUGGAGAUAUUCAAUUAAAUGAACAAGAAUCGAUUUCUUUGGGUGAAUCAAUAUUUUCAUUACUUGAAAAGAAAGAUCCUAUGGGAAUUCAAUGUAUUAAAUCAUUGAUUCAAUAUUCUGCCAAGAACAACUUAUACAUUGUCAAAUUUGUAGUGAAAAACAUAGUCCAAUCAACCUUAAAUGAUGAAUUAGAUUUUACUUUGAGUUCAGAGAUAUUAUUAUUCUUCACUAAAAACGAAACCGAUGAAUCAAAAUUAAAUCAAAUUUAUUCCUUAAUCAUUCCAUUACUUUUACAUGGAUCCAAGACAUUUGUCAAUAAACAACAAGUUCACGGACAUUUGAUGGAUUUGAUUGAAUAUAAUUCUUCAGUAUUUAAAACAGUUAUAAACCAAAUUUUAACUCCUGAACAAAAGGACUUAACAGAAAAACUAGUUAAGUUAUCUUCCAACACUUAUGAAGCCGAAGAUUCUCAAAUAGAAUUGAAAACUUUUAGUUAG